AUGAGCAUCGCCAGUGACUUCGCUCACUCCCGCAGUGACCCGCCGCCGGUUCAAAAUGCCAGACACCACCGAUGCCCCGUCUGCAAUAUCGGCUUCAAGAAGCCGCAACAUCUCAUGCAGCACCAGGGGGACAAAGAGCACACGCUGCCAGCGAACAAUAGCUCCACAGCCGCGACCGCUCCUCCUCCGGCUCCUCACGUACCAGGUCUGCAGCAGCACCAGUCCUCGAAUAGCCACAUCACACGCGCGCGGCAGACAGCAGGAGGGGGCGCACCCGGCCCCGCCGGCGGUCCUAGCACAACCACCAUCCUCAGCGCGGACCUCGGUCCAGUGGAACAGUUCUUCGCCUCCUACGCCUUCGCGCUCGAUCCCAGCGCGAACUACGAAGCCGAAUUCCAGCGGCUUUGCGUCGCGCGGGAGUGGGCACAGGGGGGCAACCAGAUGUCCGCCGCUCGCAAGGCCUUGAAGUUGGCGCAGGUGAAAGCGUUCGGCAGUGGGCGUGUGAGCGCGGUGGCCCGUCAGCGGGGUGAAGCGGUAAGGGACGCGAUCCGAAAGUUCUUUGAGGGCUACGCGGAGCAAGGGUUCGUGUACAAUCCUGAUGCGCAUCACCGCGAUGAGUUCAAGCGGCUUUGUCGGCAUCAGGGGUGGGUCUGGGAUGAGUCGUGGGAUGAGGAGCGGCGUAACGAGGUGAAGAGACUGCGUGACGAGGCGAAGAGACGGUUUAACGAGGCGGAGGUGAUCGAUUUUGGCGACCUGUUCGGAACUGACCCGAAUGAUCCCGAGGCGUGGAGGAAGUUGUGCGAGACGGCGGGGAUAGUGCCGAUUCCCGCGACACUCGAGUUACGGCGUAAGGCCGUGCUGGACCUGCACAACAACAUGGUGGAUAUGCAUGACGCCCACAGGAGAACCGGUAUUGAGGCCCGCACGUUUCCGACGGAGGAAGGGCUGGCGGAGUGCACGAUGGAGAAGAAGCGGUUCUUUCCAUUGCGCCUAGCGUAA